AAAGACGACGAGGCACAGAAAGAGAAACGCAAUAAUUUGUAAUAACGAAGAAAAGGAGGUGAAUUACUGUGAUGAGAGGAAGAGGAAGCAACAACAAUCAAAGGAGAGAAACAAAGGAAGCGCUGAAGAGACAAAAACUACAGAGAAGAGAGAAAAUAAAGGCGAGAACGCAGAAGAAGAGAUAGAGAAGAAAUAAGAAAUAGAUACGUCAGCUCCUCAAGGGCAAAGAAGACGAAAGUUGAUAUAAAUGUGAGAAAUCCUUAGGCCGCUGGAAAUUUAGGCCUAUGAAGAGACGGAGAAGGCAUGUGAAGACUGAAAGGCCUGAAAGUUCGUUAAUAAAGACAGUGAAGAGAAGAGGAAAUGAAUUAUAAAGGAGCCCAGAUGAAGCAAGGAAGGAUGAGAAGCGAGGAGGUGAACAGAGAAGUCGGGCUGCGGGUUGAGUACAGACUCCCUGGCGCCUUCUGCUGGGACCCGGUCAUCAACUGCAGGGAUGGAGGAUGCGAACGGCCAAACUUGAAGCGGAUUAUUCGAGACUGGCGGACAGACAUCAACCAGAGAACCACGCUGAAGAAACGGAAGAUUGAUGCAGCGAUAGCACAAAGCCACGGACGGACGGAAGGUUUUGGCGGACGUGUGGAUGGGAGAGUGGAUGGUCAGGUGGAAGACAGAGCUGAUGGGAGGAUGGAUGAUGAGGUGGAUGGUAGCAUAAGUGGCGGAACGAAUGACAAAAUAGACGAGAGAAUAGACGACGCAAUGGACGAUAGAAUAGAUUGCAUAGAUAAUAGUGAAGAUGGCGGAUUGAAUAACAGAAUGAGCGAUCGGAUGGGUAAUAGAUUGUCGGAGUCCUCCACUGAUGAGUCUUGCGGUAGAGAUGUGGUGAAUGAGAUGAGUGUGGUGUGUGAGGAGGAGGAAACAUCUCAGUCACCCGUUGCUGACUCCUGUGUUGGUCUGGCAGCCACCACAGCCCAAUGUACGUCCAAUGUCAGUCAGUUCGGAUUAUCCAGCGACCAAAUCAGCCCACAGAAAGACCAAAGCAGGCCAAAACAAGAUCAGUGUAGCCAGAAGAGAGUUAGAAACAGUCCACAACGAAAUGAAAACACCGCAAAACGAGACCAAACUAGACCGAAGAUAUUUGAAAACAGCCCAAAAAGAGAGCAAACUAGCCCAAAAAGAGAUGAAAACAGUGCCAGAGAUAAAAACAGCCCAAAGAGAUACCAGAACACCCCUAAACGAGAUCGCAAAAGCCCAAAGAGGAAGGAAAACAAACAUCAUAUUGUACAAGAAAGCCUAAAUAACCGCAAAAGAGACAAAAACAGCCCAAAACAAGACCAGGAGAACACCAAGAGAGAUCAGAAUAGCCCCAAAAAACAUCUAAACAAGCCUGAGAUGGGUCAAGAUGGCAAAACAGAGCAACACAGCCCUAAGAAGCAUCAAAACACUUCUAAAACAAACCAAAAUGCCAAAAGACCACUACAGAACGCAACAUUUGGUCUCUCCUCACUUCCCACAGCCCAGACCAGCCUUAAUCAAGACCUUAUUAGCCCAGAAGAAGAAAACCUUACAAAUACACCAAGCCCGUUUAAACUUGUCACAGCCAUGGACAGUCUACAGAUGUCCAGCCUGUCUGCACUUGCCAAAUGCUGUGAUAGCACUUCUGCAAGCCUAUUUUCAUUAGCCACAGACCACAGCAGAAGUCAGACAGCCCAACAGAGCCUGGAAACAGCACAGAAUGAUGCAAGAACAGCUCAAAACACAGCAUUUAGCCUAUCUGCCCUUGCCACAGCCCAAAACACUCCCAAAACAGCACUUAUUGACACAGAACCAUCCCAAAACACAGCAUUCAGCCUAUCUGCCCUUGCCACAGCCCAAAACACUCCCAAAACAGCACUUAUUGACACAGAACCAUCCCAAAACACAGCAUUCAGUCUAUCAGAUCUUGCCACAGCCCAAAACACUCCCAAAUCAGCACUUAUUGACACAGAACCAUCCCAAAACACAGCAUUCAGUCUGUCUACUCUUGCCACAGCCCAAAACACUCCCAAAUCAGCACUUAUUGACACAGAACCAUCCCAAAACACAGCAUUCAGUCUAUCAGAUCUUGCCACAGCCCAAAACACUCCCAAAUCAGCACUUAUUGACACAGAACCAUCCCAAAACACAGCAUUCAGUCUGUCUACCCUUGCCACAACCCAAAACACUCCCAAAUCAGCACUUAUUGACACAGAACCAUCCCAAAACACAGCAUUCAGCCUAUCUACCCUUGCCACAGCCCAAAACACUCCCAAAUCAGCACUUAUUGACACAGAACCAUCCCAGAACACAGCAUUCAGCCUAUCUACCCUUGCCACAGCCCAAAACACUCCCAAAACAGCACUUAUUGACACAGAACCAUCCCAAAACACAGCAUUCAGUCUGUCUACUCUUGCCACAGCCCAAAACACUCCCAAAACAGCACUUAUUGACACAGAACCAUCCCAAAACACAGCAUUCAGUCUAUCAGAUCUUGCCACAGCCCAAAACACUCCCAAAUCAGCACUUAUUGACACAGAACCAUCCCAAAACACAGCAUUCAGUCUUUCUGCUCUUGCCACAGCCCAAAACACUCCCAAAUCAGCACUUAUUGACACAGAACCAUCCCAAAACACAGCAUUCAGCCUAUCUGCCCUUGCCACAACCCAGCACAGCAGUACAUUCAGUCUUUCUCCACUAGCCACAGCAAACACAGCAAACUCAGCCACACUCCCAAACACCACCACACCAAGCUUAGCCUCCCUGGCCACAGCAAACACAGCAAACUCAACCACACUUCCAAACACCAGUAUGCCAAACUUAUUCUCACUAGCUAAUGCAAACACAGCAAAUGUACCCACACUUCUAAACACCACACCAAGCUUAGUUUCCUUAGCCACAGCAAACACCCAAACAAACACACCCACACACACACAGCAAGCAGAUGAAGCACUGUCACUCUCCACAGCAUCACAGCUUCAGAUCUCAGUGCCAAAGCUGCGGAUUCCAAACGCGACACAGCAAACAGCACACGCGGCAUCACAGCAUUGCGCUACGUUGCCACUCACACUGCCAAACACCACAGCAGGUCCCAGUCUCUCCUCUCUGGCACAAGCGCAUCUAAACGCAAACACGAUUGAUCUCUCUGCUGCUCUUAAAACACAAAGUAGCUGUACACUGCCUCUAAACAUACCAUCUCUUGGCCAAACACCGCUGAGUAUACCACCACUAAGCCAAACACCACCUCUGACAAUACCACCUCUUGGCCAAACACCACCUUUAAGUAUACCACCUCUCGGCCAAACACCACCUUUAAGUAUACCACCUCUCGGCCAAACACCACUAAGUAUACCACCUCUGAACCAAACACCGCCACAGACGCACACAAACAUCACCAUACCACCUUUCAGACACACACCACCACAAACAAGCACAAACACCAUGUCAAUCGCUAUACCACCUCUCGGAUACACACCAGGGCUAACAAACGCAGACAUGUAUUCACACACACCACCGCAGACACAAGCAGAGGCCCCAACAGCAAGCGAGGAGAUGGAAAUGGAUGGGGAAUUGAUAAUGGACUGUCUGAUUGGCGAUUGCACAGAAACAAUUGACCUAAAAUCAGCUUUGGUCAUCCAGGAGAGAAAAACAAAGAAGGAGGAAGUCGAGAUUAAACCACCACCAAUUAUCGAAUGUCCGCAAACUUUUAAUCAGUACUUCACUAUGCUCAAACCCACGCCAUCCCCGUUCGGACAGGUCGUGGCGGACACACACGCCCUUGCCGUGGUGCACAAGCGACCCACGGAAUGCAAGAUCUAUGUCCCGUUUUCUGUGUUUGCGUUUGAUACUUUGUCGCCAGAUGAAGAGGUACAGAGGGCCAUGAAUGAUCCAAGGAACCCAUCAAGGUAUAAAUUGAUCAUGCAGGAACGGCAGAGUAGAUUAAGUAGAUUGUAGUGGAUGGGUGGAUCGGGCGAAGGUCUGUGGGUGUUUUGGGGUGGAUGGAAUGCUAAGGAAAGAUGAAUGCUGAGUGAAAUAUUUGAAUGUUUGCUGAGAAGAGAAGGAAAAUAAGAGAAGUGCAAGAUUGAUUUGAAAAGUGAAGGAAAGGUGGAAUGGAAGGUUUAAGGAGGAAAAGGAAAAGAAAAAUUAAUGCAGUGUGAAAUGUUUUAAUGUUUGCUGGGAAGAGAAAGAAAGGAGGAAUGCAAGAUUGAUGGGAAAGAAUUUAAGAAAGGAUGGAAAUAAAAGAGAAAAGAAAGGAAAGAGGGAAAAUGUUUGAAUGUUUGCCAGAAAGAGAAGGAAAAGAGAAAAAAAUGCAAGAUUGGUGGGAAAGAAUUUAAGAAAGGAUGGAAAUAAAGAAAAGAAGGGAAAAGAAUAAAGAUGAAUGCUGAGUGAAACAUUUGCAAGGAAGAAAAGGGAAAAGAGAAAAAAUGCAAGAUCAAUCUGGAAAAAAUUAAGGAAAAUGAAAAAAAAAAAAACUUGAUUAGAAUGUGAAAUAUAAUAGAAAGAAUUUGCAAAGCUGAUUUUGAGAAGGAAGUAAACAAGAAAAGUAAACAAAAACAAAAGAAGCAAAUAAUUAAAUAAAUAAAUAAAAUAAUGAAGAAUGAAACUGAAGCAAAAUAAAAAAAACAGAAGAAAGAUGACAAAAAAA